AUGCAAAUGUAAAUGUCCGUCUCCAUGACACAAGACGUGAAACAUUUCACCUCAGAAAUAACUGGUCAGGUCACUUUAAAGGGYGCUUGAAAAGGAAAAAUGCUUUUAGGYACWGUGCAGAUUACUGGAGAAACACUUGGAGAACCMGAAGUCCAGAGCAUAUGCGAAUCUCUWCGGGAUAAUAGCAUUCGACUUCUAUCACUUCGCGAGUGCUCUGUUCAGGACAACGACUUCAAGAAACUGGUGGAUAGCGUCAAAGAGAACGAUACACUUGUUCAGCUAAACCUCAAUCUUGGAAUUUGUAAUGGAAAGCAACGRAUACGAUGGUUAGCCGAGGCUCUCACGGGGAAUAAGUCGCUGAACGCUUUGUUUUUACAUGGGACUCACUUGGGAGACCAUGGCAUUGAAGUUUUGUUGCCAGCACUUCGUUCUCAUCCAAAUCUACAGUCACUAGACCUGGGAGACUGUCAURUUGGAGAUGACGGAAUAAAGCAUAUUUGCACACUUCUUAAACCGUCAGAUGACAAAGAAGGUAUUCAAGAUCUCACUCUUUCUGCUAAUCCAAAUGUCACAGCUUAUGGAUGGACUCAACUUGCGAUGGCAAUGUCAGCAAGUUCACAAAUUAGAGGCCUUUACUUGGAUUACAAUCACCUUGGUGAUUAUGGAGCAGGAAUAUUUUCAGUUGCCAUGGCAGCAAAUAAGCACAUAGAAAGGCUUGAUCUUGAAGGWACAGGAAUAACAGAUAAAGGUGCUAAACUAUUGGCAAGUAGCAUACAGACAUAUUGUAAAAAACUCCAAGAGCUUGUCCUUGCAGAGAAUCCGAUCCACGAAGACUUAGUUGAACUCAUUAAYGAUUCUUUGGUAGUUAAAGCUAAUGAAAGCAUUGAGAACGGGGAUUCUAAGGACGAGGGUGAAAAGCCAAGAACUCCUAAACAGAGUCCAAGCAAUGAGAAAAAUGAGGUUGUCACCUGAUGAAAGCUUCACUUUAGUUUCUUAGGCUGUAAUAAAUGGUUGCUUGUA